AUGGGGCACUGCGGUAGGGAGAUCGGCUCCAAGCGAGCGAAGCUCCCGGCCGCCGACGGCGCAAGCGAGGACCGCCUCAGCGCACUACCGGACGACGUUCUUAUCGGCAUCCUCCUCAAGCUCCGCCGCACCGCCUACGCCGCUCGGACCAGCGUCCUGUCCCGCCGCUGGCGCCGCCUCUGGGCCCUCCUCCCGAAUCUCAACUUCACCGGCGAUGCCGACCACCACCGCAUACUCCCUGCCCUCGCCGCCCAUCAAGCGCCGGUGCUCCAGGGCCUAAGCGCCUUCGUUGACGACAUCUCUGCCGAAUCCGUGGCGACCUGGCUCCCCAUAGCCGCGCGCCGCCUCUCCGGCGGUAUACUGCUUUACAACGCUGUACCGCAGAACCAGGCCAGGGAAAGAGGCGUCUUUGAGCUGCCACGCUUCGAGAACACCACCUCUAUCGUGUUCGACCUAGGAUUUCUUGGCCUUGCCGUGCCGCAUUCCAGCGUAUUCGCCCGCCUCGUCUCUCUCUGGCUGUUUGGUGUCCAUCUGCAUGGCCCGUGCGAGCUUGGUGACGCUCUCUCCUCACCGCGGUGCCCAUCCUUACGAGAACUCAAGAUCCGCAAUGCCUGGGGUCUUGGUAACUUCACCAUCCACUCCGAGUCUCUCCUGCAAAUGGAGCUGAAUAACUUGUAUGGCUUGCAGCAGCUCACUGUAGAAGCGAAGGUACUUCAAGAGUUAUAUGUGAGCUCUUGCUUUGAGAAUUCUAUCACUGCGGUGAGUCGACCGGUUGCAAACAUCUCAGCCCCUCAACUGGCGUCACUCCACUGGACGGAUGCUUAUGAACCAAGCUCUGUCCAGCUUGGCGAGAUGGCACAUCUCCAACGUCUGGAGACUGGUCAUUUUUUUGUGUUUGGACAUUAUUUGGAUGACUACACACCAAAUCGCAAUUGCUUGAGGCUCUUGCAGCAAUUUGAGGUCAUGCACCAUUUAAAGCUCUCGCUGAUCUAUCUGCUGGACAAAGGUCACCAUCAAUACCUGAUGGAGAACAUGACAAGGCUCCCUAACAUUACACUCUUGACCCUGAAUGUAAUGACAAAAGGACAUUCAUUUGGAGCAAGCUUAUUCCAUAUUCUCAGGAUGUGUACUGGUGUAAGAAAGUUGGCUCUUGUCUUUCUCGGAAAACCUAGCAAUCUGGAGGCACAAGCCACAUGCCCAUCAGGUUGCAUUUGUGAUCAACCACUAAACUGGAAAAGCGAGGAACUCAUAUUAAAUUGCCUCCCAGAAAUAGAAAUCAAUGGGUUUGGAGGAACUGAACAUGAAGUUGCUCUUGUGAAAUUGUUAUUCAAUUGGGCAGCAGUGCUAAAAAAGAUGACAAUAGCUUUCCAUUACUCAAUUCCUAAAAGGAAGGCUGAGGAGUUAGGCCACAUGUUACUAGGCUUCUCCAGCCCAGAAAUAUUGAUGGACUUUUUGCAUAUCAAGUAUUCUCGAGAAGGCGUACACUCGACAAGGCUCCAACUUUCCCCUUCUUUUCAGUUUUUAGAAGCUUCAGGUGUGGAAAAUCCUAAUGCUGGCAUGUAG